CUCCCCCCUCGAAUCCUCAAUUCAUACCUCUCAUAAGCAAGCUUUGCUUUGAUCUGAUUUCGCCUUCGCUGCUCUCAGUCAGUCUCAGGUUUGUAGUCAGUCUCAGUUAAAAAAAAUAGGUACGGUAAAAAUGAUUCUGUCAACGAAGAAGAGGGAUAAAUAUUUUCAGUUAACGAUUGAAGAAUUGGAGAGUACUCGUAAAAAAGAAGAAGAUACACUCUGGAAGAUGAUCAGCACUAGAUCAUCAUCAUCAUCAUCACCAUCAUCAUCGUCAUCCAUCCCCAGAACUGCGGAACAAUUAGCUUUCCUGAGUGCAAGGAGGGAGAUUGCAAAGAGGAGGCGUGCAAAUAUGAAAGCCUUGAAGGGGGACCUUGAUGCUAUCACGCUUGAUAUGGGAAGCAGCAAGACCUCGUUGCUUGACUCUGCAGGAGAUUCGAAUGAGAAUGAGACUCAGGCAAAGCCAAAUAGGAUGCAAGGUGUUGUACAUCCUCACAGAUCCGGUGAUGUGACAGGUGCUGACCCAUCUUCUGAAGAAUCAGAGUGCAGCACAGACACACAUGCAAGCCCCUCUAGUGGCUAUGCACCGAAAUCAUAAUAAGCUUGCUUACUAGCGAUGAAGGGGAAUCAUAUUAAUAUAACAUUAAAAAAAAACUGUGUUUUCUGUUAUUAUUAUUUUAUCUAUCAAACAAAAAUCUUGCAACUCGCGGUGCUCAUGUCUGCUGACUAUUAAUUAUGGUGUUCUGAACAAAAUUGCCAUAUCAUUUGUCUUAUUAACCAAGUUUCACGUUACAACAUA